UCUGUUCUUUUAUCUCAUUGAGAAAAAAAAAGAAGCGAGACGGAGAGAAAUCACCGCCAAAAAAAAAAUCCUUAGGAUAUUUCUUCAAUGUCUGCGCGCCAUUGAACAUUUACCUGCUUCAGAAAAUCUUAUAUUUAUAUGCUCCCUCCCGUCAAAACACAUUUAAGCCGUUCCCUUUGAAUUUUAUUUUAACGCAUAGCCGCUCUAUUUUUUACAACCAUUUUUUGCUAUUUUACGAGAAAUUUACUUCAAUUUGCCAUGAAAGGAUUCAUGGCCUUGGUUUCUCUAGUGUUUUCCGCGCUUUUUGUGAUAUGGUGAAGUCGAGGAGUGGUGAUGGCGAUCACUGGUUGGGGAAUAACCUAUAAAAACAUUUCUCCUUUUCGCCCCCCUUUGUUCUGCUGUGUUCGCAAGGUCAGAUACAGUGUGCUAACUGAGAGGAUAGCUGACAACGAAGCUUCCAUAAAAGAAGAAUGCCAGGAUGCCAAUGGAAAAGCCGAUUGGGGUGGGCCAAACUGGAAGAAAUUGAGUUCAAAAGAGCUCGGCAUCACAACAUCUAUGAUAUCAGAACCUACAAGAGUAGUUCUAAAUGGGCUGCGGAAGAGAGGAUACGAGGUCUACCUUGUGGGAGGCUGUGUACGGGAUCUUAUUCUGAAAAGAACACCCAAGGACUUCGACAUUAUAACCUCAGCUGAUCUUAAGGAGGUGAUGAGGACUUUUUCAAGAUGCCAGAUAGUUGGGAGACGAUUUCCCAUUUGUCAUGUGCAUGUUGAUGAUUACAUAGUGGAGGUGUCUAGCUUUAACACAUCUGAAAGAAAUCUUAGCAGGGACCUGAGAUAUAUUAUCAGGAAACCUCCAGGCCAAAAUGAUCGUGAUUAUGCUCGCUGGAAGAAUUGUAUGCAUAGAGACUUCACAAUAAACGGGUUAAUGUUUGAUCCAUAUGCAAAACUUAUUUAUGAUUACAUGGGAAGCAUGGAAGAUAUUAGGAAAGCUAAAGUGCGAACUGUAAUUCCUGCACAUAAUUCUUUCCAAGAGGAUUGUGCUCGUAUUCUACGUGCUGUCAGAAUUGCUGCUCGUUUAGGCUUUCGUUUUACAAAGGAAACAGCACAUUCUGUUAAAGACUUUUCCAGUUCUAUACUAAGACUUGACAAGUCAAGGCUUCUGAUGGAGAUGAAUUAUAUGCUAGCAUUUGGAUCUGCAGAAGCUUCCUUAAGGGUACUUUGGAAGUUUGGGCUCCUUGAAAUUCUCCUUCCCCUUCAAGCAGCAUAUUUUGUUUCACAAGGCUUCCUAAGGCGGGACAAAAGGUCAAAUAUGCUUCUGACUCUGUUUUCUAACUUGGAUAAACUUCUUGCCCCUAAUCGGCCUUGCCACAGUAGUUUAUGGGUGGGAAUACUAGCAUUCCAUCUUGCUUUGGUUGAUGAACCUCAAGACCCUUUGGUAGUUGCGACAUUUACCCUUGCUGUGCAUAAUGGUGGACACUUAGCAGAGGCAAUAAGUCUUGCGAGGCACAUUGAUCAACCCCACAACUCAAUUUUCCCUGAGUUACUAGAACCCAAGAAAUUUGAUACAGAUACAGCGUUGAUUGAUGAGGUUCUGGAUCUUGCAUCAUUAGUGAAAGCAGCUUUGAGUAUGAUGACCGAUGAAUAUAUUGUGUCACAAGCCAUGGCAAAAUAUCCUCAAGCUCCUUUUUCUGAUCUGGUGUUCAUCCCAUUGCAGGUUUAUCUAAAGGUGUCUAAAUUAUUUGAGUGUGUACAAGGUGGCAAGGAGAAGGGCUUUGUACCUAAGCGUGGGAAAACAUUAAAUUAUGAGUCUUUAGCUCAAGGUGGAUUGAGAGAGGUGAGGCACACAUUUGCAAGAAUCGUUUUUGAUACUGUUUAUCCCAACAUAGGGUAAGCUUUCAAUUCUGAAGGAGAAUUCCGGUGCUGCAUUUUUUCCUAUAGUAAAAUAAAACAAAAGAAAUUCUUGUUUGGCUUUCGAUCUAGAUAGGUUAGUUAAAAUAUGAUGAGUUAAAUUCCAAAACAAAUACAACUAGAGACAUUGGUGAUAGUAGUGUUUUGGAAAUCGCCAAUUCGGAUCGGGAUUGUUGGGGACCAGUGAAGUUCCUCGUCAGAAUUAGUAAUUGGUCCAAUUUUGAUGAACUCAUUUGGUUUCAUUGAAAAGCUGGUAAAUUUGUUAGGGAUUUGGGCGAUCUAAAUAGAGCUAUCCAGGCUUAGGGUAAUACUUGACCAAAUUUUGGGGUUAAUCUAUUUAUUUCAAGCAGCUAAUAUGGAAAAUGAAACUUGAAAUCGCUCCUUCAAAUUACCUAGAAGAGAAUCCCAUCCGUACGUUUCAUAUUUUACAACCAACUGUUCUUGUAACCUUAUGUGGGGAUGUGUGUGGAGAAAGGUUGCAAGGUUGCAAUCUUAUUUGUAAAAAUAAAUGUGUAUUAAUGUACACUAUUCAUUUUAUUUUGACAGUGUAGAUUGGGUGUUAUUUGAAAA